AUGGUUCAGCCAAUUCUUGCUGGCUUGGCUCUUGCCGCCACAGCAUCGGCAGCCUUCAGUGGUAACCUCAACUACUUCUCGCCGUCCAAGCAUCAUGCGUCGCUCGGUGUCUCAAUCAACAAGGUUGCCAAGCGCACGUACGCCAACUCGCACUGGGACGCCGCAAAGCUUAACUUCACUCACGGCGUUGCUUCGGGCGACCCUUACGAGGACAGCGUCAUCCUCUGGACGCGAGCGGCGCCAACUGCUGACAACGACAAGAGCAACGUGACUGUCAGCGGUUACGUCCCCUUGUACGACCACAGCACCGAGGAGUAUGUCCAGAAGAGUGACUCUCCGGUUUGCGUGGACUGGAAGAUCAGCACGAGCAAGACCCUCGAACCUGCUGUGGACUCAGGCACCGUUUACACGAGUUCCGAUGUGGAUUACACGGUCAAGGUUGAGGCUAAGAAGCUGGCACCAUACACCGUGUACUAUUAUCAAUUCAGCAUUUGCAACUCUAACAACACGUCCCCCAUCGGCCGCACCAAGACCAUCCCGACAAAGGACGGCAAGGUUGACACACCUGUCAAGCUUGCGGUAUACUCCUGCAGCAACUACCCCUUUGGAUUCUUCAAUGCGUAUGGAAACCCGGUGAGGAAGGACUCUGUUGACUACGUCAUUCAUCUCGGCGACUACAUCUACGAGUACGGCAAUGGCGAGUACGGUUGGGGUAACUCUCUUGGCCGUAUCCCUCUUCCUGACCGUCAGAUCUACACGUCAGUAAUUUUCUUCUUCCGCAUCAUGUCCGGUAUUGACCAGAUUACAGGUUUGCCCAUCCGUCAAGUCGAUAUGGACGACAACCUCCGAAUCUGGAGAGAGUUCAGCUUCGGCAGCCUCUUCGACCUGGUCAUGCUUGAUACCCGUCAGUAUGACCGCGCUAUUACGGAUGUCUACACUAACACCGACUACGUUCAUGCCAUCUCCAACGAUGCCAGCCGCUCGUUGAUGGGACCCCGCCAAGAAGCAUGGUUCUACAAGACCCUCAAGGAGAGCUCCUCCCGAGGCGCAACAUGGAGAGUCAUUGGCAACCAGAUCGUCUUCAGCCGCAUGAACGAGAGCGCAUCUUUGGGCGACGCGAACCCCCUCAACUAUGACUCAUGGGACGGAUACCAAGCAAACCGCAACCGCACCUUCCAAGUCCUGUACGAGCAGAACGUUAGCAACACCAUCUUCCUUGCCGGCGACUCGCACGCCUCGUGGGUCUCGGACCUGGUUUGGCUCGGCGAGCAUGAGUACGACCAGAACACUGGCUCUGGCUCCGUCGGUGUCGAGUUCGCGGGCUCUGCAGUCAGCUCGCCUUGCCCCGCUGGCCAGAACAUCUCGCUGGCCAACGCCAACGCCGGCUCAGCUUGGCUGACGGGAGCGAACCGCGAGCUCCAGUGGCAGGAUCUCUUCUACAGAGGCUACUACGAGCUCAGCAUCGACUACGAUGCCGUCAACGCCUCCUUCUUCGGCAUCCCCACCACGAGAGUCAAGCAAGGAUACGAAAUCUCUCUGGCCAACUUCACUGUUCUGGCGGGAGAAAACAAGCUGCACCGCUGGAACAACGGCUCUGUUGUCCCAGGAGGUGUCGCUGAGAGCGGUAGCUUGAAGAACGGCAAGGUUGUCCAGACGAACCUGACCCUUGACACGGCCACUGGAGAGUACCUCAAGUACAACUCUCCAUGA